UAACCCGUGAGUUGGAUUUAAUAAGUUUUGGAUUCCGGUUUUCAGAUACACUUUUUCUAGAGAGAGAGUGUGUGUCUUCUUCUGUCUCUAUGUGUGUCUUUUAGAGAGAGAAACCGUGUUGCAAAGCCAAGGAUCUCAAAUCUCAAACCCAUCAACAACAUACCAACUACAAUUUCUCAAAGGUAUUCCGCUAAAGCUUGAAUAGUUUGGCGUAUCUCUAAGAAGUGGUUGGCAGUUCAGCUACUGCUGUAUGUGUGAAUGAAGGAUUAAUUUAUGCAACUUCAUCAAAGGAGAAAUAGUUAAGAGGGGUAUCUGUUAAAGGACAUGUCAUUCCGAAGCAUAGUUCGUGAUGUAAGGGACGGUUUCGGGAGCUUGUCUAGGCGGAGCUUUGAAGUGAGGCUUUCCGGUCAUAUCAGGGGGAAAUCGCAUGGUUCAGUGCACGAGUUACAUGAGCCACCUAUUGUUAUUCAGAACAGCAAGUGGGCUAGCCUCCCUCCCGAGUUGCUUCGUGAUGUUAUAAAGAGAUUAGAGGCUAGUGAGAGUACAUGGCCAGCUCGGAAGCAUGUUGUUGCCUGUGCUGCUGUUUGCAGAUCCUGGAGGGAUAUGUGCAAAGAAAUUGUUAGGUGCCCUGAGUUAUCUGGAAAACUUACCUUCCCAGUUUCAUUAAAGCAGCCUGGGCCACGCGAUGGAACAAUUCAGUGCUUCAUUAAGCGAGAUAAAUCCAACUUAACUUACCACCUUUUCCUUUGUCUAAGCCCUGCUUUGCUGGUUGAGAAUGGGAAAUUUCUUCUUUCUGCAAAGCGGACCAGGAGAACCACAUGUACAGAGUACGUCAUCAGUAUGGAUGCAGAUAACAUAUCGAGGUCCAGUAGCACUUACAUAGGAAAAUUAAGGUCAAACUUCUUGGGAACAAAAUUCAUUAUCUAUGAUACACAGCCACCUUACAAUGGGUCUCAGUCAUCACCUCCAGGCCGUUCAAGUAGAAGGUUCUACUCCAAGAAAGUGUCCCCAAAAGUUCCGACGGGGAGCUAUAAUAUAGCCCAAGUGACAUAUGAGCUGAAUGUUCUUGGCACACGGGGACCACGCAGGAUGCACUGUGUGAUGCAGUCGAUCCCGAAUGCCUCCUUAGAGCCAGGUGGCAGUGUACCAGGGCAGCCUGAGCUCCUCCCGCGGUCCCUCGAAGACUCUUUCCGCAGCAUAUCUUUCUCAAAAUCAAUCGAUACCUCCACUGAGUUCAGUAGCUCCCGGUUUUCUGAUAUCAUGGGCCCACGUGAUGGAGAAGAAGAAGAAGGCAAAGAGAAGCCCUUAGUUCUUAGGAAUAAGGCCCCGAGAUGGCAUGAACAAUUGCAGUGUUGGUGUCUAAAUUUCCGGGGUAGGGUUACCGUUGCUUCAGUGAAGAACUUCCAACUAAUAGCUGCAACACAGCCUCCCCCAGCAGGUGCACCAACACCUUCUCAGCCGGCACCAUCAUCAGAUCAUGAUAAGAUCAUUCUACAAUUUGGAAAAGUUGGCAAGGACAUGUUUACCAUGGAUUACCGGUACCCUCUCUCUGCGUUUCAGGCUUUUGCAAUCUGUUUGAGCAGCUUUGACACUAAAUUGGCAUGUGAAUAAUACUAAGAAAUCAAUCGGUGGCAUUUACAGCUCAAAAACAAAACCCCCCUAAAAGUCCAGAGAACAUUUAGCAGGUCAUUAUCACAUGGAUUUUAACUCCUAGGGUUGAUUAGCAUUUGUGUGUUUCCUUUGUAUAACCUUGGAUCAAUGGAAAAGUGCAUUGAAGGGUAACAGAAUCGUUGAUAAUGCAUCUGUUUCAAGUCUCUUGUAUUGUAAUUCUAUGUGCCUUCUCACUUGUAGAUUGUUUGUCUCUGUUGUUGAAUGUUGUUUUAUCAUCUGUUUGUAACAAAUAGUGCCAGAAGAGGAACUCUAGUCAUUUUUAGUUCAUUUUAGUUUCUAUUUAUUCCCUAGCCAGAUAAUUGUUGUUUCUGGCUCAUAAAAGAUAAAGUUUCUCAGUUGAUUUCUCUCCGUCA